AUGGCGCAGUUCGUGGGAACAGUUAUUGGAACCAAGAUGAACAAGACGGCAAAGAUCUUGGUAACCAGACUGGCCUUGUAUAACAAACUGAAAACUGUAAGUUGGUGGCUUCUUUCCUUUUUCGUGAAUUUUCACAAGGACAGUUUAUAUUUACUUUUUAGCUUGAACAUAAAUUUUAGCCGUAUCAGUUAUGCAGUCAUUGAUCCAGAUCGGAUCUUCGGUAACAUUUAAGUUAAUUGGUUUCCUUUGUUUUUUUACACAUUUGUUAAGGAUUUCGUUGGAUACCAUUAUUAAAUACAACUAUAAAUAGAAAGAAAGUGGAAAUAAGUAACAUGAUGUGUCUAGUUUGGGGAACACACAUAUAUAUAUAUAUAUAUAUAUAUAAACCUGUUAAAAACUAAUUUUAAACGUAUGAUUGCAAUGAAGAAGUAGAUAAGAGGAAGAAUUUCUAAAAAAGCAGGCUUUUAUGGCUAUUAUUUACUUAUGUUACUUACGGCUUUAUUACCGAUGUGCUGAAAGAGGAUAGAAUUUUACUUACCUGAAAGAAAGUCAACCCAUCUUGUAGUAGAGUGACAGCUUUCUGAAGUAGCUAAUGCCAAUUAUCCAAAUUUGACUGUCUCAGCAACAUUAAUUUUUUGUUCAAUGCACUCUGACCAGUAUUAAUUGUUUGAAAUCUGAUUAAAAGGUACUCUGAGACCCAGGUUAACUGCUACAAAAUGUGGAUAAAAUUAAUGUCAGUGUUUCUUUGAAAAUUGCUGCACAGAAAAGUUAUUUUCAUUGUUUUCAUAUUUUGUUUAACUUCAAUUAUCUUCAUUUUUUGUUUUGUUUUGUUUUUGUUUUUUAUUUUUCAAGUUUCUUAUAGCCAAAAUCUCAAGCAGGAAACAAAGUUGAAACUUUUAACCUGUUGAUUUCAUUUUUUCAUUUUAUUGUAGUUCUUCAAUGAAAGAAAAGUGUACUUUGCCCAUGAUGAAAAUAAUGAGUGUGCAAUAGGGGACCUUGUGGUCAUCAAGGAAUGUCAAAGAUUGAGCAAGAAGAAAUAUUUUACUGUGACAGAGAUAGUUGAUAAAGUCCCAAGAGUGGUUGAUCCUGAGACUGGAAAGAUUGUUUUGCAAGAUAAUAGAGAAUGA